AGCAGGGACAGGGAGAAGGAGAGAGAGAUGAGAAGUGUAGGGAGUGAGAGAUCCUAUAAAACAACAGGGCUGAAGAGACAGGAAUUCAUAGCCAGAAGAACACAACACAUUAUUGCUACGGCCAGCAUGAGCGAUCAGACCAGAGUGGUCCAUGUGGUUUUACCCGACAAGAAACAACUCAACAUCACUGUGGGGUUGAAAAGCAGGGGGCACGACCUAAUCAACCAGCUGUGUCAGCAACUUGGCAUUAAACAACUGCAUCUCUUUGGCCUGCGUCUAGAAAACAGUGAGUGUGGGGUGUUUCUGCUGAGUAAGCCCCUCACUGUUUAAUCACAGUGGAAUGUGCUCCAAAAAAAAGAUACUGACUGUCCUCCACCCAAAGAGAGAACUGAUAAUGACCACAUGUUCCUGGACCUGGAGACGAAACUAAGCACAUACUUUCCUAAAACAUGGAAGCACAACACAUUAGAGGUAAUGCCAAAGGAGAGGACGGUCCUAUACCUGAAAGUACAGUACUAUGUAGGAAAUGUUCGACUCAUUGAAGAGGAGACGGUGCGCAGUCUGUACUAUGCUGAACUGAAGGAGCAAGUCUUAAGGUCACAGUGUUACUGGCAGGAGGGCCUGUAUUUCCAGCUGGCUGCAUACGCCUUACAGGCUGACCUGGGAGACUGGAGAGAGGGGCAAGGAUCUUACUUCAGUCCACAUGACUACUUCCCUCCUUGGGUGGGCUGUAGUUUGCAUAUUUUGACGAAGCGUGGACGUGACUAUGUUGUGCAACACACUCCUGCCCUGCACAGAGAGCUGCGGGGAGUGCGUGUGUGUGAUGCUGUCCUGCUCUUCAUCCAGGAAGCCUGUAAAAUGAGUGAUGUACCAGUUAUCUUCUAUACCAUGAGCAAGGGAAAAAAGGAACAAAAUGCCAGUAUGUUAAUGGGCCUAACUUUGAGUGGUCUGCAUGUAUAUAAGAUGGUUAGUGGUGAACAGCAGCUUUUAUAUGAAUUUUUCUGGUCAAGCAUAGAUCACAUUACCUUCCAGGGAAGAAGGUUUGAGAUCAGAUCAGAUGUUCUGGCAGGGUCAAAGCUGGUGUUGUACACUCGCUCUACUCUUCACUCUCAACACCUGCUAAAGCACAUGAGCAACAGUCAUCGCUUACACCUUAACACAAAGCUCCCAGUCAAAGAGCUGCAGCUGUCCAAGCGCAGAGCAGGGGUAAGACAUUAUAGAGAAGUGUAUAUCACAGACAAAACUAAUCUAGACACAGAGGACAGUGAGGACGAGCUUCCGCCAAUGAAAUUCCACCUGGACAAAGCCAGGCAACUCCAAGCUAAACCUGUCUCAAGCACCAGUGAGAACCAGCUGUGGGGGAUUUCCAGUAAAGGAAACUGCAGGAAAACAGGAACAGCCUCAAAUUACUCAGAUGAGGUUGAGCUGUGUGUCGAUGAGCCAGAGGAAGAGUUUGUUGAUGACCCUGAUGAGAUCAUAGGUUUGACUGAGCUGCUGGAAGGGGUGUCUGUAGAUGGUCCAUUAAGGCCUGUUUCUCAGUGGAUUGAUAUCACAAUGGAGAUGAAGCAAGUUUUAAAGUGGAAAGCGUGCACCGUUUCUGUGGACUGGGAUAGUACAUCAAACCUUCACCUUUCACCGUCAGUCAGCUGUUCUGCCAAAGAUGGCAGUACUCACCUAACAAACCACCACACACCAGAGGUCACCAUCUGAAAACACUCUCAGAUUUAUCAUUUCCCAGCCAUUUUAAAGUUAAAUUACUAUUGCUGUAAGGAUAUAUGCUUUUCUUUAUAUUUAACACGCCAAACUAUGUAAGGUAUUAAUAUUAUCAUUAUAUCAUUUUAGUUUAUUAUAAUAUUAAAAUUACGUAAUGUACAUGGAAGUACAUAGAGUUGUUAUAAGAAAUGUAACCUGUUAUAAAUAAAAGUUAUGGAGCUGUAAA